AUGUUAAUACCAGCAACAGGCCAGCAGGGCCGCGAUCAGCGGCUGCAAGAGCGUCUACGAGGUGCCCAGCGCACGAAUAUUCAGGACGACUCUUUUAAUCUCGACUUCAAUCUCGAUAUUGCUGGCCUUAACAUAGCCAGCUCGACACCCGCCGCACCGAAACCCGCACCGCUAGCAUCAUCAGCGAAUACUUCUGCUAAGAGGAAGAGAUUGGAGAACGAGCCACCUUCGUCGCAACGGAGUGGGAGAAGACGGUCGCCGAGAAUAAGAUCUGAUGAUCCUUACGACUUGCCUGAUACAUCUAAGGAAGAAGGCGCGCAGGACACUUCAGGCGAAGUUGAGGCGGAAAUCGAAGAGCCCGCUAUCGAUGCGGUAGAGGAACCAGAAGCCGAACCGGAGCUUGAACCGGAACCCGAGCCAGAGGAUGAGCCAGAGCCCGAACCAGAACCGGAGCUACCUAGCCCAGCGCAAUCCAGCGAAGCGACAGAAGAAAAUGAACCCGAGAUCGAAUUACCAGUUUUACCGAACGAGAAUGGCUCCGUAUCGGAAGCUAGACCUUCAAGUCGCAGAACUGAAGAUGUCCAAAGUCCUCCAGAGGAAGCGCAAAACAUGCAGAUCGACGCUUUGUCCUCAACCACACGCAUACAUGCUGCGCUUGCAGAACAAGACAAUGCACCUCCAUCUUCGUCGCCACUCGCUAACAAAGUACGCCGAAGCGAGGGUCCUACGAUAGUUCGAUCGAGAAUGUCCUACAGAAAAGCUUCGAGAGCUACAGAAGUUAGCCAAGAUGGUGAUGAGCCAGAGCAACCAGAGGCACCCGCAGAUGAUGAGCUCACAGAGGACGCCCCAAGCGAAGACGAACCAAAUAUCACGGCGGAACCAGUUGAAGAAGACGUUGCGAUGGAAGACGAGAAUACGCAAGAAGAGGAAGAAGCUGUCGCAGAAGCAAUUGAUGCGGUCGAAGCAGCCAAAGUGCUUGGUCAAAAACGUCCUCGAAGGAGCCCUCGAAGGAGUCAACCAUCCCAAUCGCCACAAGCCGAGCCUGAGGAACAGGCCGAAGAAGAGGAGCGAGCACCGAAGCGACGCCGUGGACGACCAUCAGACAGCCCGGCGACACAGAGGCAACCGGCGGCUAAACCAAAGGCUACUGCUAAAACGAAAUCGCGAAAGGGUGAAAAGCCCCUGCCGAAACAGGUGCGCAAAGCGAGGGAAGCUGAGAAAGCCCGUCGAGUCAGUGAUGGAUCAGCUAUCGAAAUUACCGUGCAGCGUUUUGUCAAUUUUAAGAAAUAUGGCAAAGAGGCUGGAGAGGAAGAUCAGCUUGCCGGAGAUGUGCCGUUCACGAUGAAUGGAGAAACAGUCGUGGAUGUCUUUUCGCAGGUCUGUCUGGAAGUCAUUGAUGGCACGGUCGCAAAGCUCUAUGAGACGCUUAGCACUACAGAAGAAAAGGACAAGAAGAAGGAAUGUCGGAUAAAGAUCCUGGCCCUCGAGGCGUAUAAAGAGGAACUCAACGGUCGAUUGCUUCAGCAGGCAAUCCACCUGAACGAUUGGCAGACACUCCGAAAGCGAGUCCGAAUCGUGCAACGAGAGAAGCUGUCUUUACGAGAGGAGAUCUUACGUCUCAAGGCAGAGAGAGAACAAGUUGCUCUAAGGAUGGAUGCAGUACGCAUCAAGCAUGAAGAAGAUACCAAAGAGUCAAAGCACCGACUCGAUACCUCUGCUACAAUGCACGAUGUAGACAUGGCGGUAGAACGGGGACGAGAUGCCCCUGAACUUUCUCGUGCGCAAGAGAAGAAGGCCGAUCUGGCUAACCUUGAACUUCUUGUGGCACGCAUUACUGAUGAAGCCAGCUCAGCGAGCUCCGCAGGCGGAAUGCUCCAACAGGUCAAAAACUUCAAUGCCUUUCUUGAACGUGCAGCAAUUGCUAUGGAAACAAAGGGCAGAUGA